CCCGUUUGGCCCAGCAGCCGAACCGUUCCCCCCCUCAGCUCCCCGGUCCACCCCAGUGGGCACCCACUCAGGCGGCGCUCCCGCCCUCUGCCUUUCAUUCCAGCCGCCAAGAUCUUGGAAGCUUUGAAGCUCAGCAAAGAAGGGAAAAUCCACCGAGAACAGUCUGUAAAGGUGUCCUGGGACAACCCUCUCUGUCAUUCCUCUGCAAAACCUCUUCGUCCUGCACCGAGGACCCCAAGGACACAGCACGCGUGUGAAAGAUUCACUGUGAGACCAUGUCAUUUAGAUUUGGUCAGCAUCUCAUCAAGCCCUCUGUGGUUUUUCUCAAAACUGAACUGUCCUUCGCCUUGGUAAAUAGGAAGCCCGUUGUACCUGGCCACGUCCUCGUGUGCCCGCUGAGGCCAGUGGAGCGCUUCCGUGACCUACGUCCUGAUGAAGUGGCCGAUCUGUUCCAAGUGACCCAGAGAGUAGGGUCGGUGGUGGAGAAGCAUUUCCAGGGGACCUCCAUCACCUUCUCCAUGCAAGAUGGUCCUGAAGCUGGACAGACUGUGAAGCAUGUGCAUGUCCACAUUCUUCCGAGAAAAGCAGGGGACUUCAGCAGGAAUGACAGCGUCUAUGAUGAGCUCCAGAAACAUGACAAAGAACAAGAGGACUCCCCAGCCUUCUGGAGAUCUGAGGAGGAGAUGGCUGCAGAAGCUGAGGUGCUGCGUGUCUACUUUCAGGCAUGAAAGUAACUCAAACAAAUCCCAAGGCAUAAGGAAAUGGGCCUCGCUCUUCUGGACUCUGCAGCAUUGGAAAUGAAGCCGAGCAGACUUUAUUACAUCCCACGAUUCCGCAGCCUUUUGCAAAGCAUUUUAUUGCACUUGAGGAAGCCACUGGGGUUACGUUUCAAUCACAGUGACUGACAGGCUAACUUCACAAACAGUAGCAGAGAGAGCCUGCCACAGUUUCUCACUGAGGUACUGAGAAGAGGACCUUUUCCAUACUGUCCCUUAGCCUGGAUGAAAAUAAAGUGGUAGCUAAAAUA